AUGGCAACCACCGUAAGCCCCUCCGGCCUCCUCACCAUUUCCUUCUUCCACUUCCUCCUCUCCAACCCCGCCCUCUCAUCUCCCCUCAUCGACCAACUGAACCACCCUCCACCCCCCAACUUCCUCUCCACCAUCACCAACAACUGCCUCCACGACUCCUCUCUCCGCUACUGCAACUCCACUUCCUCCGACCUCACCAACAUUUUCAAAUCCACCAUCGUCGCCGCACACCUCUGCAACCUUUCCAACAGUCCGAACUGUCCCACUUCCUUCUCCUUCAUCGACCUCCGGACUCGCCCCAAGCUCGCCCCUCUCUACCUCUCCUUCUCCUUCUUCUGGAAAUACUGUCCAUUCUCCAUCCAAUCCAUCGAUCUCUCUAACAACUCACUCGCGGGCCCUUUCCCUUCCCAAAUCCUCAAUUGCACUCAAAUCCAUUCUCUUGAUCUCAGCCACAACAUGCUCUCGGGUUUCCUCCCCAUCGACUCCUUCACUCUUCUCACCAAUCUUUCAAGCCUAAAUCUCUCAUACAAUCAAUUCAGUCAAGAAUUCGAUGCUGGAGCCAUUUCCUUCUUCAAAAGGUUCAAUGAUUCGAGCUUUAUUCAUUCGGGUCUUCUUAAGAGUGAUAGAGAUUAUAAAUUCAAAAUGAUGACAACGAUCUUGCUUUUGGUUGGUGUAUCGGCGUUGAUUGCUUCAGCGAUUGGUUGUUUGGUGCGGAGAAUUGGAGGAAGGCAUAAGUUUUCUGUGCGGGAGUUAACAAAGGCGACGGAUGGGUUCUCUAAGGAGAGAUUGGUGGAGAAGAGGGAGAAGAUGGAGGUUUACAUAGGGAUUUUGAAGGAUGGGGAGGAAGUAGAGAUUGAGAUACAGAGAGGGAAGGUAUCGAGCGAGUUUCGAAGAAGUUUUGUGAAGGAUUGCAGGGUUUUAGUGAAGGUGAGGCAUAAGAACAUAGUUAAGGUGUUGGGAUGGUGUGAUGGGAGGGAGAUGAGGGCUGUGGUGAUGGAGAGAGAGGAAGGAGUCAGUAUAGAGGAGUGGCUUAUGAGGUCUCCUCCAUGGAAGGAUAGGAUGAAGGUGGCUAUGAAGGUUAUAGAGGCGAUGUCUUUUCUGGAAGAAGAAUGGCCACAAAUCAGGUGUGAUGUGAAGACUACUAAUGUCAUGGUGAGUGAAGGUGAGGAGCCUUUGAUUUUGAAACUUAAGGUUCAUGAUCAUCCAAAUAGCAGUUCUAGAGAGAUCUAUAAAUUUGGAGUAUUCCUUCUACAAUUAAUAGCCAAUAAGCAUCUAAGGGAAGAAUUUGAAGGCAGUGAAUCAAGAUUUGUGGAUUGGAUUGCAAUGCAUCAGCAUGAAAAACUGAGAAAUAUAAUAGAUGAGAAUAUGAAGCUAUCAGCUACAGCUCAUGAGCAAGCUAGACAGGCCAUAGAAAUAGGGCUAAUUUGCACUGAUCUCUCAACUGAGAAGAUGUUGACUGUAAAUCAGAUUUCCAGCAUGCUCAGAGUAGUUUAUAUGCCUUCAAUGAUUCAAUCAGUGGAUGGCCACCACCAUAGGACAAGGAACAAGAAAAAAGAGACAACAUGAA